AAACAUUCCUGCACAUGAGUUCUACAGACGUACACAACAGAGCUACAUGGCAAUUAUACAAGCAAAGUUCACAAAGAUGUCUUUUUUAUAAAAAAAAAAGAUAAAGAAACACUCCAAAAAAAAGUAGGACUGUGUAGAAAACUGCACAUUAAUGUCAUCUUUCAAUCAUUGAUGAACUGAAACUUUGCUGUGGGACAGAAUUCUUCCAAUAUGACAGCCAAUCCAAAGGUGAUGUCUGAUAAUUGGAAGCAUAAGCUCUUUCUGGCUAUUACAUUCCUAACCAUCAUGUUCAUAAGUGUCUUAACACAUCGCCAUUUCACACAGGUAUCACCUGCAAAAGAUUGCUUAUCUGAAUCGACCGCAAAACCAGAUGUAAAGUCCAUUAAAACUAUUACCCUAUUUGAAGAUGAGCUUCUUAUCCUCAACAAGGUAUCUCAAAUGAUCCAUACGGUGACCCUGAACCAUACAAAUUUUGCAUCAAGUGCUAAGAUGAGCAGAGCCACUAUUAUAAACCCAAGAAAGAAGUACUGCACUGGAGACAAUUUAAUUAUCCAAAUUGAUAUGUUUGAUUACUUGGGUAAUAGAAAGACAUAUGGAUGUGACUUUAUAAGACCUAGAAUAUUUAACUCCAAGAUGAAUGCCGGAGCGUCAGGAGUGGUUGAAGACUUUAACAAUGGAACAUAUCACAUCCACUUUACUUUAUUUUGGGAAGGAAAAGUCUAUAUUUCUUUGAUACUUUACCAUUCUAGUGAGGCGGUUUCAGCUUUAUGGAGAACCAGGGACAACAACUAUGACUUUAUAAACUUCUUAGGAAUAUUUGUGAACAGAAGCCAGUCUGUUAAAAGUAAAUGUGGGUUCAAGCUAGACUCUGCAAAAGAAGUAUGUGAAUAUGGAUCCAUAAAAGACUCUGAGUCAUUUUAUUGCUACAAACAGGACAAUUUCCACUGUGGUUCUUUUAGUUUUCUCCAGUCUUCCAACAGCGACACUAGCUUCCUUAGUAACAUGGAGAAGCCAUUGUUUGACAGGUAAA